AUGGCGGACGAGGAAACUCCACUCUUGAACAAUAAGGACGAGAGUCCACCAAAAAAGACUCGACGCUUCCCGGAUGCUUUCUACGAUGUCAAAACAGGAAAGCUGCUGCAAGAUCCCGUGGUAGCUCCUGGAGGGAUUACCUAUGAAAGGUCCACGUGGGAAGAAAUCUGCGAGACAGAAGAAGUCCCUUCUGCCCCCGCCUAUGACAAUCGCGCGUUGAAACAACUCAUUGAGGAAGCUCUGCUAGAGUCACCACCACCUGCUGGAGGUGGACGACCAAGUGCCCCUGCCAUGCUCCUGAAAAUGCACCACAAUACCCAAAAGAGCAUGCGAGAUUUGAUUGAAAAAUCCAUUUUACCCAGUGAUGAUCCCAAACCAUUGAGUGAUGCCUAUUAUUGUCCCAUCACCAUGAGUCUCAUGCAACAUCCUGUCAUUGGGCCAGAAGGAUAUACCUUUGAAAAGGAGGCCAUAGAACAUUGGGUGGAUGAAAAUCAAGUGUCACCGCUCACCAGGACACCACUGCCCAGCAAAGAAUUACUGUAUCCCAACUUGGCACUCCAACAAUUGCUCCAAGAGGAAGCGGACAAAGCGGAUGAAACCAAUUCUGAUCCCUCCAUUCGAGACUUCAAACUCUUGUUGUUGGAAUCCAAUACUACACAACAACAAGAAGAAGCACCCUACACGGGUCCCCGCACCAUGGAAGAAUGGCAAACAUUACGAGAUCAACGACGUCGAUCCAAUGCCAACGUGACACCAAGGGGGUUUAUGGUCUUGUUUCUGGUGAUUCUCUUGCUAAUUCCCUACUUCAUUGUGUAUUUCCUCUUGUUUUCAUGGUUUGGAUAUACUUUCUUUUUCCUGUGUUGCAUUGUCGAUCAUUAUCACGAGGGAUCUUGUUAUGGGUACUAUGUACAGAGAGGCAUGCAAAGAGCCAUGCUCUGGUACUAUUUGCGAGAAAUUGAACGGGAAUACGAGGAGCAACAAGAGGAGGAGGAUGCGCCCGCCGCGGCUUGUUCCGUUUAG